UAAUAAACAACAGUUACGUCUGUCAUUCUUUGUCAUGCAUGUCAUGUCUGUGAUUGAAACUGUAUCAAGUUUAAAAGUCUACAUUGUGAUCCCAAAAGGUUGAUAGAAGACACACUGUGAGUCCAAGUCUACUGCAUUACACAACCACCGAGAAAGGCUCCAUAUGCAUGUCGGCAAACUGGGAACUAACAAGAUAUCACCAUUGUCUGGCUGACCAAAAUGUUACCCGAAAAACCAACAGCGUGUUAUGAGCUGAUGCCCUGUCUGCCUCUUCAGUUGGGAUAACAAGCUGGGAGUAGAAGUCUUAUUUGUAUUCUUUGGGAGUAGUCUGACUUCCACUGGAUGCAUUUCAUCCGGACAUACCUGCUUUUUGAGUCCACAGUGUCAGCGUUAGCCAUUUUGACCAAGAGUACAAUGGAUCACAUCAUAUACAAAGAAGAACAUGAGGCAUCAAAUGAAAAUGCUGUCACUGUAAAAAUGGAUCCUCAAGAAUACUAUGAUGCAUCAAAGGAAAACUCCGUCACUGUAAAAAUUGAGCCACAAGAACACCAUGAUGCAUCAACUGAAAACGCCGUCACCGUAAAAAUUGAGCCGCAAGAACACCAUGAUGCAUCAACUGAAAACGCUGUCACUGUAAAAAUUGAGCUUCAAGAACACCAUGAUGCAUCAACUGAAAACGCCGUCACCGUAAACAUUGAGCCACAAGAACACCAUGAUGCAUCAACUGAAAACUCUGUCACCAUAGAAAUUGAGCCAGAGUCGGAUGAAGCUGCAAGAAAACCGUUCUCUUGCUCCACCUGUCCAAGAACGUUUUCUAAAAGACGUCAGCUUGACAAACAUCGCUGCUUCAGAAACAAGUCGCAAAGGAAGUUUACCGUUCACAAACAGGAACACGUCCAAGAGGGGCCACAGUACUCUUGUGAUAUUUGUGGAAAAACAUUUAAAGGGAAACGUGGUCACGCUUACCAUCUAAAAGUUCACACAGGAGAGAGACCACACUCCUGUGAUACUUGCGGAAAAACAUUUGUGGUGAGACAAACCUUAAAAAAUCACCAAACAGUUCACACAGGAGAGAAGCCGUACCCUUGCUUGAUUUGUGGCAAGUCCUUUAGCCGAAGCGCUAAUUGUUCAAGGCACAGGCGUAUACACAGAAACGAAAAACCAUUCUGCUGUAAAAUGUGCGGCAAAGCGUUUUCUCAGAAAACCUCACUGGUUGACCAUCAACGACUUCACAGCGGCGAGAAACCAUUUGUUUGUAGUAUCUGCAACAAAGCCUUUACCCAGAAAAGUCAUUUGAGAGUUCACACUCAGCACUUGCAUGCUGAUGGAGCACCACCACGUAAGAAAGAAUUCUGUACCAAACAAGAACUUCCCAAAUCGACCGAUAAUUGUUACCAGUGCAAUCAAACAUUUACUGACCGAAAGGCACUGGACGAGCACAAAUGCAUGUCCAUCGAUAAAAACCCUUUACUCUGUAAGGUUUGUGGAGAAGCCUUUGACCGUGCAGUUAGUUUAAGAAGUCAUCAACGGAUUCAUGGUGAAGUAAAGUUAUUUACUUGUAGCAUGUGCUCCAAAACCUUCUCACAUCUCAGCAAACUUGAAAUACAUUUCCGCAAGCACACUGACCAGCGACCAUUCAACUGUGACGUUUGUGGAAAGGCUUUCAGGCAGCGAGUUCAUGCCCAAGUUCACCAGGCACGUCACUUCAGGGGAGCAUUUAGGAUUGGACUUGUACGUAGAGCCAAAACAUGUGACGCUGCUAAUACAAAGAAGAAAUCACAUGAAUGUGACGUGUGCGGUAACACAUUUGCAUACCGAAGUGGUCUGAGAAUGCAUCAGCGUAGCCACAAGAUGGACAAACGAUACCUGUGUGACAUUUGUGGCAUAGCGUUUGUUCAGCAAAGUAACUUCAAAAGACACGCGCUGAUUCACACUGGAGAGGGACCAUUUGUUUGCAGUGUAUGCAGCAAGGCAUUCAUUGACCAAUGCGGACUGGACAUACAUGCAUGGGUUCAUACUGGCCAGAAACCCUUCCACUGUCGUAUCUGUGGCAGAUCAUAUGCUCGGAAAUAUAACCUCUUGUGUCAUCAAGACUCAUUAGAAUGUCACAUGGACUUGAAAAUGGCCCAGACGAAGGAGUAGUUGUAGUAACUUCUGUAUUUCAAUAAGUUAUGUUUCAAGGGCAUUCACUGUAAAUCCCGGAAAGGGGGGAAAUCUCCCCCCCCCCCUUUUUGAAAAGGGGGAAUAGCCAUUGGAUCUGCCCCCCCCCCCCUCAUUUUUGUAACCAAAAAUUGCUGAUUUGGUUUUUUUUUUUCUUUGAUAUUUCCAACAGUCCAAAUUAUUAAAUAGUUAUGAAAAAUAGAAAACAUUUGGUAGGUAAGGCCAAAAAAAAAAAUUCUCGGUCUCUGGUCAGCGCGCGCGUCGAUUUAAAUCA